GUGGCGCCCGCGGCCCCGGCGGGGUGAGAGGCCGCGAGGCCCCGCCCCGUCCUCCCCUUUCCCCUUUGCCCCGCCCUUCCCGCCCGGCCCCCCCUCGCGCCCCGCGCCGCCGCUGGAGCCGGUCCCCGCGCUGGGCCCGCCCCCGCUCCUCCCGCGGCCCGCCAGCGCGCCUCACGGCUUCUGUCUCCCCUCCCUCCUUCUCUCUCACGCCUAGCGCAAUGGCGGCGGCCGCGGCGGAGCAGCAACAGUUCUACCUGCUCCUGGGAAACCUGCUCAGCCCCGACAAUGUGGUCCGGAAACAGGCAGAGGAAACCUAUGAGAAUAUCCCAGGCCAGUCAAAGAUCACAUUCCUCUUACAAGCCAUCAGAAAUACGACAGCUGCUGAAGAGGCUAGACAAAUGGCCGCGGUUCUCCUAAGACGUCUCUUGUCCUCUGCAUUUGAUGAAGUUUAUCCAACACUUCCCUCUGAUGUUCAGACUGCCAUCAAGAGUGAGCUACUCAUGAUUAUUCAGAUGGAAACACAAUCUAGCAUGAGGAAAAAAAUUUGUGAUAUUGCUGCAGAACUGGCCAGGAAUUUAAUAGAUGAGGAUGGCAACAACCAGUGGCCUGAAGGUUUGAAGUUCCUUUUUGAUUCCGUUAGCUCUCAGAAUGUGGGACUGCGGGAAGCUGCCCUUCACAUUUUCUGGAACUUUCCUGGAAUUUUUGGGAACCAGCAGCAGCACUAUUUAGAUGUCAUCAAACGGAUGUUGGUUCAGUGUAUGCAAGAUCAGGAACACCCAUCGAUCAGGACAUUAUCUGCUAGAGCUACAGCUGCGUUUAUACUUGCAAAUGAGCAUAAUGUUGCUCUGUUCAAACAUUUUGCAGACUUGCUACCAGGAUUUCUACAGGCUGUAAAUGACUCGUGCUACCAGAAUGAUGAUUCUGUCCUAAAAUCCCUAGUUGAGAUUGCAGAUACUGUUCCAAAGUAUUUGCGUCCUCACUUGGAAGCGACUCUACAGCUAAGUCUAAAGUUGUGUGGAGAUACUAGCCUCAACAAUAUGCAACGCCAGCUUGCCCUUGAAGUGAUCGUCACCCUCUCUGAGACUGCAGCUGCUAUGUUAAGAAAACAUACCAAUAUUGUUGCACAGACUAUUCCUCAGAUGUUAGCAAUGAUGGUUGAUUUGGAAGAAGAUGAGGACUGGGCAAAUGCGGAUGAACUGGAAGAUGAUGAUUUUGACAGCAAUGCAGUUGCCGGUGAGAGUGCUCUAGACCGAAUGGCUUGUGGACUUGGUGGAAAGCUUGUUCUGCCGAUGAUCAAGGAACACAUUAUGCAAAUGCUCCAAAAUCCUGACUGGAAAUACCGGCAUGCUGGAUUGAUGGCCUUAUCUGCCAUUGGUGAAGGAUGCCACCAGCAAAUGGAAGGAAUUCUAAAUGAGAUAGUAAAUUUUGUUUUACUUUUUCUUCAGGAUCCUCAUCCAAGAGUAAGGUAUGCAGCCUGUAAUGCUGUGGGACAGAUGGCUACAGAUUUUGCACCUGGUUUCCAAAAGAAAUUUCAUGAGAAGGUGAUUGCAGCUCUGCUGCAGACCAUGGAAGACCAAGGCAAUCAACGGGUGCAGGCCCAUGCAGCUGCUGCCCUCAUUAACUUUACUGAAGACUGUCCCAAGUCACUGCUUAUUCCAUACUUAGAUAAUUUGGUGAAACAUCUGCAUUCCAUUAUGGUACUUAAGCUUCAGGAGCUGAUUCAGAAAGGUACCAAGUUAGUUUUGGAACAAGUCGUGACAUCCAUUGCGUCAGUUGCAGAUACUGCAGAAGAAAAAUUUGUCCCCUACUAUGAUUUAUUUAUGCCAUCCCUGAAGCACAUCGUUGAGAAUGCCGUUCAAAAAGAGCUGAGACUUCUGAGAGGAAAAACUAUUGAGUGCAUUAGCCUCAUUGGUCUGGCUGUUGGGAAGGAAAAAUUCAUGCAGGAUGCCUCCGAUGUGAUGCAACUAUUGUUAAAGACCCAGACAGACUUCAAUGAUAUGGAAGAUGAUGAUCCUCAGAUCUCUUACAUGAUCUCAGCAUGGGCCAGAAUGUGCAAAAUCCUUGGAAAAGAAUUUCAGCAAUACCUUCCAGUGGUCAUGGGGCCUUUAAUGAAGACGGCUUCAAUUAAGCCUGAAGUAGCCCUUUUAGAUACCCAAGACAUGGAGAAUAUGAGUGAUGAUGAUGGCUGGGAAUUUGUGAACCUUGGAGAUCAGCAAAGCUUUGGUAUUAAAACUGCAGGAUUAGAAGAAAAGUCAACUGCUUGCCAGAUGUUGGUUUGCUAUGCUAAGGAGUUAAAGGAAGGCUUUGUGGAGUACACUGAGCAGGUUGUCAAACUGAUGGUCCCUUUACUGAAAUUUUAUUUCCAUGAUGGUGUUCGAGUGGCAGCAGCAGAAUCCAUGCCUCUUCUCCUGGAGUGUGCAAGAGUCCGUGGUCCUGAAUAUCUCACACAAAUGUGGCAUUUUAUGUGUGAUGCUCUAAUUAAGGCCAUUGGUACAGAACCAGAUUCAGACGUCCUCUCAGAAAUAAUGCAUUCUUUUGCAAAGUGCAUUGAAGUAAUGGGAGAUGGAUGCCUUAAUAAUGAACACUUUGAAGAACUGGGUGGUAUAUUGAAAGCAAAGCUUGAAGAACAUUUUAAAAAUCAAGAAUUACGACAAGUUAAAAGACAAGAUGAAGACUAUGAUGAACAGGUUGAAGAGUCACUACAAGAUGAGGAUGAAAAUGAUGUUUAUAUUCUGACCAAAGUGUCAGAUAUUUUACACUCAAUAUUCAGUAGCUACAAGGAAAAGGUGUUACCGUGGUUUGAACAGCUGCUUCCAUUAAUUGUCAACCUCAUUUGUCCACAUAGACCAUGGCCAGACAGACAAUGGGGAUUAUGCAUCUUUGAUGAUGUCAUAGAACACUGUAGUCCAGCCUCAUUUAAAUAUGCAGAAUAUUUCUUAAGACCAAUGCUCCAAUAUGUAUGUGAUAACAGCCCAGAAGUCAGGCAAGCAGCUGCAUAUGGCCUGGGAGUCAUGGCACAGUAUGGUGGAGAUAAUUAUCGCCCUUUUUGUACAGAAGCACUUCCCCUGCUGGUAAGAGUUAUUCAGUCUGCUGAUUCUAAGACCAAAGAAAAUGUCAAUGCUACCGAGAACUGCAUCUCAGCAGUAGGGAAAAUCAUGAAGUUCAAGCCUGACUGUGUAAACGUUGAAGAGGUGCUGCCACACUGGUUGUCUUGGCUUCCACUACAUGAAGAUAAAGAAGAAGCUGUUCAGACUUUCAAUUAUCUGUGUGACCUGAUUGAAAGUAAUCAUCCAAUUGUUCUUGGCCCAAACAAUACCAAUCUGCCCAAAAUAUUCAGUAUAAUUGCGGAAGGAGAAAUGCACGAGGCAAUUAAACACGAAGAUCCUUGUGCCAAGCGUCUGGCCAAUGUCGUCCGCCAAGUACAGACUUCUGGAGGACUGUGGACUGAGUGCAUAGCCCAGCUCAGUCCUGAGCAGCAGGCCGCCAUUCAGGAGCUCCUGAACUCUGCGUGAAGGGCCUUAAUGUCACCACCAGAAAACUAACUCCAAAUAAACGUUUACCCUUUUGUUUAGGUUUCUUUGUUUUGUUUUUGAGCAAAAGAGAUCGGUAGUGUUAUGUGUAGGCCAUUCUUCUGGAGAGCCAUGAACAGGAAGAGCAGCACUGUGUUGCAGAACGGAGUUUCCACGGAUUUCUACCAGACCACUGAAGGUGCUCCUGGGAAGCCCUGCAGUAGCAUUCAAGAGUAUUUUUCUAUCGGUAUAACCCACCCACCUGAAGGGGAAGGGGAAAUAAAAUUAAUUUUUCUCGUUAGACAUAAGGAAUCUAAGGAAAAACAGCUUUAAGAACAGUUACUCAGCGUAGAUGUGCGCUCACACAAAUUGCUCUACACCCAGUGUUCGUUGUUAAUUGGAGUGCGAGUCUUUCUGUAGGGUAGAAAGAAGCCUACUACCCAGCAAACCAGUAGACCCAAAAGUUGAAAAAAAAAAACAACUGAUGACAUAAAACAAGCAUGAAGAUGGCAUAUUUGAUGUCACUUUGGUUCUUUUUCCUGGAAGGCUUAUACAGUGACUCAGUUGGGAAGCUUUCCAGCUUCCAGCCCUUGAAUGUGAAGUGUCAUUGGCAUGUCUGGCAGUAGUCUCUCAUUCACUCCUCAAUAAACAACAUUGAAUGCAAAAGAGGCUUGUGUAAAAACUCAGUACUGUCUGUCUUGGAUUCAUUUCAUGUUUUUAAUAUAAGAAUGAUCUAAUAUUUUUUUAAAGUGAUAGCUAUCAGUAAUAGCUAAGUGUUUUUUCCCCUAAUAUUUUCCUUGUGCAAUUCAGACUUAAGCAUCGAGUUUUUACCAUCUUCCACUGUAAGCUGUUAUGAUACCUAUUCUAUUCACAAUUGGUGUCCUUUUUAAGGUUUGCAAAUUUCAAUCAAUUUUUUUUUUUAAGCAAGGAUUGUUCUGAUUAGCUCAAAAAGAUUUGGCUUAGUAUUUCCAUUGCAAAGUAUAAUUGCUAUAGAGCCACACACAACUUUUGAACUUUUAAUUAUAAGUAUUACGGCUAAAGAUAUUUACUGAAAAUUUCAGUAAAAUGUGUGAAUGUUUUUUUCUUUAUGUAUUAACCUCAUAGCAGUAAAUAACUUGCUGUUGUUUAAUUUUUCUAAGGCGUCUUAAUAGACUUCUGUUGAAAACUUCAGUGUUAACAUUUUUAUAGUUUGUACUAAAUUUAACCGUGAUAUAAAAAUGAAUUUUAUGCAUAGAUCAGAAUUUUAAAUUAAAGGUUUUUUCUUUAA